UAAAAGUCAGAGUCACCAAUAUAGCGAUUUUAACAACAAUAACCAGAAAAAAAUUAUGGUGGAAUCAAGCUAUCAUUGGAAUCUGUCAUAGCCAUUCAAUAAAUUGGUGGCUUAAGUACUUCCCCAUAUCAUUCAAAGAGAUUCUUUCUUUCUUUCACUCUUUAUUAACCAACCAACUGUCCACACUUGAGUUUUCAUCAAAUUGUCGAUUGCAUCAUUACCCUCUUUGCUAUAUUGCUGCUAAUGAGCUUAUCUGAAUCUAGAUAAGGUAGUGAAUUUAUGAUGGUUUAGCCAUGGUAACCAUCUAUCCAUCAGGAAUUAUUAGCAAGUGCAGCGCAUAUCUGGGUGUUAACACACAUCAUGAUGCUUCUUUUUGCAAGAUUACCCAUGUCAAUACUUUGAGGACUGCCUUUUCUCCUAGAAUUGUAUGUGGUCCUUGCAGUAAUGUAGCGAAUGAUUCCACAAUUUCUUGGAAGGGGUGCAGCCAAUUCAGAACCCAUCAUGUAUUACAGCGACUGGCUUCAAAUAGGUGGCUGUGCCGAUCACAUGAUUCUAAUUCACCUGAUGAUGAGUAUCGUUCUUCUCGAAACAUAGCAAUCAGUUUGUUUAGGCGAUACAGGAAUGUUAUUGACCGUGGAGGAGGUGACAACUUAAAAGAAUUUAUCAGUGCUGGAGUGAAUGCAUAUGCUGUUGGCUGCACUGAAGAAGGAUUACGUAAGGAACUUACUGCUAUUAGAGAAUCUGGUGAUGAAAUCGAAGCAUUGCAGAAUUAUGGUGGGAGCACCAGUGUGAAGUCCAAGAUAUUUGCUGAGGAGGUUGAUGAGUGUAUUCUGUGGUUGAGCAUUAUAUUUAUCACAAUCUUGUGUACACCACAACCAACUAUAGUUCGAUGGUCAUCUACGCCUCCAGUGUCAGAUGACAUACGGCUUCAGUGGAAAGGGUUUUGUGCGGUCAUAGCAAAUGCUUACUACAUGAGAGGAAUGGCAUGGCUUCCAGUUAAGACGCUUCAGCUAGAACAAAUGGCAGUUUCAGGACGUGCUGAGGAGCCAUCAGUUGUUGCCAGCCGAAUGCGACUUGUUUUCAGCACACUUGAGGUAGUAAGUCCACAAUGGCCAAGAGUCUAAUACAAGAGCUUCAGUGCAGAGAUUCUUCUUUUCCCUUGAUCUCGAUGAAGCUUCCGGUUCCAGUUACUCAUUAUAUGUUAGUGCAGCUUUACAUUUUAGCAAUUUCUUAAUGAUUUUUAAGCAGAAAUGCCCAUAUAAUAAUAAACGAGUCAUAGCAUGUUUGAUGUAUAAUCGAUGGCAUGUAAAUUUGCAAGGAUUCAGCCAGAAAUAUUCAAAUAUUGUUUCAAGUGAUUGUUAAUCAACACCUGAAAAUAAUUUGGCUAGCAAUCACACCAUGGUUCUUCUUGUCCA